AUGGGCUUACUGUCACAAGGGUCGCCGCUCAACUGGGAAGAAACCAAGAAGUAUGCUGACCAUAUCCGAAAGCAUGGCAUCAUCCAGUUCCUCAAUAUCUACAACAAGGUGAAGGAUCGGCAGAAGGAUGUGUUGAAAUGGGGGGAUGAGGUUGAGUACAUGUUGAUUGAAAUGGAUGACAAAAACGAGAAGGUCCGUGUGGUCCUGAAUGGAGGAGAAGUUUUGGAAACUCUUCAAGACAAAGGUGAAAAGACGAACCCCAACCACCCUACCCUCUGGAGACCAGAGUAUGGCAGCUACAUGAUUGAAGGCACCCCGGGCCAGCCGUACGGCGGGACGAUGUCGGAGUUCAACACGGUGGAGGGUAACAUGGGGAAGCGCCGGCGAGAGGCCUCCUCCGUGCUGAAUGAGAAUGAAACUCUCUGCACCAUCACCUCAUUCCCGAGGUUAGGUUGCCCAGGCUUCACCCAACCAGAGUACCAACCAACUCCUGUGGAAAAGGGAGUGUCCAAGUCUCUGUUUUUCCCAGAUGAAGCCAUCAACAGACACCCGAGGUUCAGCACCCUUACCAGAAACAUACGUCACAGAAGAGGAGAGAAAGUUGUGAUCAAUGUGCCAAUCUUCAAAGACAAGUGCACUCCGUCUCCAUUUGUGGAGACAUUUCCUGAGGAUGACGGGGAAGCAGCCCGGGCAGCUCUCCCAGACCACAUCUAUAUGGACGCCAUGGGCUUCGGGAUGGGCAACUGCUGCCUUCAGGUGACAUUCCAAGCUUGCAGCAUUGAUGAGGCAAGGUACCUUUAUGACCAGCUUGCGACAUUUUGCCCAAUAGUGAUGGCUCUGAGCGCUGCCUCACCCUUCUACAGAGGCUAUGUGUCGGAUAUUGAUUGUCGCUGGGGAGUUAUUUCUGCCUCUGUGGAUGACCGGACACCAGAGGAGAGGGGGCUGAAGCCUCUGAAAAACAACAAAUACCGAAUCUUCAAAUCAAGAUACGAUUCAAUUGACAGCUACCUGUCUAGUUGUGGUGAGAAGUACAACGACAUUGAUCUGACAAUAGACGAGGAGAUCUACAAGCAACUGCUGGCUGCAGGGAUUGAUAAGUUGCUGGCCCAACACAUAGCCCACCUCUUCAUCCGAGAUCCACUUUCGGUCUUUGAGGAGAAAAUACAUCUCGACGAUGAAAAUGAGUCUGACCACUUCGAGAACCUCCAGUCAACCAACUGGCAGACGAUGAGGUUCAAACCACCACCUCCUAACUCUGAUAUCGGCUGGAGAGUUGAGUUUCGCCCCAUGGAGGUGCAGCUAACUGAUUUUGAAAACUCUGCGUAUGUGGUCUUUGUUGUCCUGCUCACCAGAGUGAUCUUGUCCUACAAACUGGAUUUCCUAAUCCCCUUGUCAAAGGUUGAUGAAAACAUGAAAGUUGCGCAGAAAAGAAAUGCUGUCCAAGAGGGCCUGUUUUACUUCCGAAAGGACAUCUUCAAAGGCUGUAACCCGGUCCUAGACGGUACCAAUUCUGCUCAGAACGGUUUGGAGAUUGAUGGCACCAAUGAGGAGUACACGCUGAUGAGCAUUGACACGAUCAUCAAUGGAAAGGAGGGAGUUUUUCAAGGGUUAAUCCCGAUCCUUAACUGCUACCUGGAAAAUAUGGAAGUGGAUGUCGACACCAGAUGCACCAUUCUGAACUACCUGAAGCUCAUCAAGAAGCGUGCCUCAGGCGAGCUGAUGACCAUGGCCAAGUGGAUGAGGGAGUUUGUUGCAAAGCACCCUCAGUACAAGCAGGACAGCGUCAUAACUGACAAGAUCAACUACGACCUCAUCCAAAAGUGCGACAAAAUCGCAAAAGGAGAAGAGCGAUGCCCAGAGCUGAUCGGCGACCCCGUCAAUAGGUUCAAAUAAAAUGUACUGUACGAAUGUGUUGUCACCAUAACAUACCCAUCAUCAUGAAGGAAGACCAAACGUGUGGCCGGACAGAGAAAGUGGUCCAAAACAAACGGAGUUUUAAAAGAAUGCAGAGCAGCACAUGUCCAUUGUAAGGAACACACCUGCAUCCACGUUGUACAUAUAUAUACUGUAUCAGAUUUUUAUGAUCACAAGAGUAUUUUAAUAGGGUGAAAACAUGCAUAAAGCUGUGUAAUAGUAAGCAGAGGUGUAUAUAUUUUUCUCUGGUAAAAUUUAAGCCUAUCUGUGUGAGAAUGUAAAUGUAGAAAAGAGUUGUACAGUAGUUGGCUUUUAAUCUUGUGUUCUGUAAAUACUGUACUUCCCGCUCUUUAAAACAUUAACAUGGACAUUUUCAUCGCUGGGUAUCCAGAGUCGCCUUGGAAGUUGUUAGAAAUCUUUACAUAUUAAGAGACAUGUUUGUUUUGCUGUGCUGAUUUUUGUAGUAGGAAUUUGGAAAAGUAGUGUUACAUUGAAGUGGAGCUGGUGAAUGAUUGUUUGCAAUGUCAUGCUGCUUCAAAUAAAACUGUACAGCAUUGAACUCGC